AUGACUGACAACAAACUGGUCAUCAAGAAUGUUGACAUGAGCGACGAAAUGCAAACAGAAGCACUUGAAUGUGCCAAUACAGCUUUGGAAAAGUACAAUAUCGAAAAAGAUAUUGCAGCUCAUAUCAAGCGGGAGUUCGAUAGAAAAUAUGGCACAACCUGGCACUGUAUCGUCGGAAGAAAUUUCGGAAGCUACGUAACUCACGAUAAUAGAGGAAUUGACGAAAUAAAUGGUGAUAUGGGAUAG